AUGGACAUGCAAGGCAACCAAAUCUUGGUUUUCCCGCCUCAACCCCCCGUCGAACACGGCGCCGUCCAACUGACGGCGGCGGCGCCCGACGGCAACAAGAUCUUCAUGUGUCAUUGCGGCAAAGCCUUCUCCCACAAGAGCAUGAGGGACCGCCACGUCAACAUGCACCUCAACCUCCGCCCCUUCGACUGCCCCGUCUGCAACAAGAAGUUCAAGAUGAAGCACCACCUCACCGAGCACAUGAAGACCCACACCGGCCUCAAGCCCUACCAGUGCGACGUCUGCGCCAAGAAAUUCAUGUGGCGCGACAGCUUCACCCGCCACAAGGGCCACUGCGAACGCCGCCAUCGCUUGGCCGUCGCUCUGCCGGGCCCGCCCGCUCUGCCCGAGGUGGCCAAGAAGGAGCAAGG